CGGCUAACCCUGACUUAUUUCCUAAACGUUGCAGCUGACUCAUCAGAUGACAAAUCAUAAGUUAGGAGAUCUUACAGUUGAAGAGUCAACGUGGCUAUAGUUCCACCUUUUUCUUCAAUACAAAGUUGUUAUUGCUAGAAGAAAAAGCAACACUGAGAUCUAAAGGCUUUUAGCCCAGAACAAAGCAAUCCAUUACCAAGACACUUAUUUAAUACAUUACAGUAUGGGACAUAACAAUGAAUUUAGGGAUUCAGAUUCCCGACGUGCGGAAGCACCAGAUUACAUAGCGGCCCAAUGCCAACUGCUAAGACAUAGGCCCGUCGUGAGAGGGGUAAAUUGGCCCAGCGAGCAUUUAGACAAAGGCAAAUCGACACCAUCCGGAGUUUGGAAGAAGAGAACCGCAAACUUCGCAGGGCCAUUUCGGCAAUAAGCGACGCUGCAGAUCGUAAUGACGCCACCAUAUCGCAAGCAAUCACCGAGGCCCGUAAGGUCGCCGGCAUUGCUGCCCCCGAGGCUAAGCGCAAAUUACCAGCGCCAGCGAUCCCGGGUUUGAAUAGCUCUAGCCAGUCGAGUAUCACUCCUAUUGAAGCUACAAUGAUCGCAGCUCCUGCGCCAUCUCAGGAAAGCAGUAGUCUUGAUGAUUUCUCAUUAGCAUCAUUUGAGAUUAGUGAUCAAGCGAAUAGCUGGUCACAAUUCUUGUCAAUGACGAGUUCCGAUGCAUAUGAUUUAACGACAAAUCUAGAUAAUCUUGACAGUGGCUCGGGCAUGUCAAUACUAAAUCCAGAUUACCUCGGGGGGCAAACAGUCUCCACGGGGAUUUCAACCACAUUCGAACCAGAUAGAGCCCUCCACAUCGCGGAUCCCCCACCGGAUAUUGUUCCUUACAUGGGUGAGAAAGCCUACACUCUAGCUGGCCAAAUAUACUGGGCAGCGUUGGCUUUCGGUUUCCAAGCGCUACGGGCCAUACUCUCCUCAGCGACACCUCCACCGGUAGCCGUAGACGUUGUUACUAGGCAGUGGUCUUUCACGUCGAAGCGUCUGGCCCUUCCGCAGAUAAUGCGCUUGAUGCACGCCCGACUUACUUUUCGACGCUAUGGAUACUUCCACCUCGCCGGCGAUAAGCAUGCAGAGGAAAUAAAGAGCUUCUUAGACCCGAAUCUAGUAAAACGUCUAAGCGUCGCACUAGGCGACGAGGCCAACAAGGCGGGCUUCAGUAAAGACGACUUUCUGUCGCCGCUGGACUUCGAGAGAGAGUUGCGGGAACGUUUUCGUGACGAUUACCCCAUAUUUGAGGCGGCACUUAGAGGUCAGGCGCUCGACCAGGAGCAUGUUGCAUGCAUGCGGAAACUUAUUCAACUUAUGUCACGCCAGGCCGUCUGCUUCGGGGACGGUCCAAGAUGGAGGCCGGAGUCCGUCGACACGUUAGUAGAUGGCUGGAAAAUGAGUACAAGACCAUUCAUGGUACACUGACUUCUCCGGUGAGAGUCCUAGAGGAUUAUAAAAAUGAGUUCGUCGUGACGUUGACGCUCUUUGCUUCGGAGAUGUCUACAGAAUCUAGUGACCGAUCUUUUCUAAAAACAGCAAACGGUUUCUUGGACGAUUAAUUUGUAUGUAUCUAAGACCUCCUUCCUCAUCCAUACUAGAAAUAAGUUAAGCCAAUAUACAAUAUAUUAGAAGUUUACAAUUUGUAUCAUUUAGACAGGUUGUGUUGCUUAUGCUAAUAGUUUCUAAAAUAAGUUAAAGCACCCUUACAGGGGCCACCCUAGUGGGGGCCACCUUAAAUUUUU